AUGGGCCUCGCCGCCGUCGGCGAAGCGACUGGACAGCCGCGUCUCGCGCGCGAUUUCGGUGAUCCCGGUGCAGCUGCCGGGUCGCGACGAACUGGCCCCGGCGCAGCAUUUCGCCGCGCGCGGUCAGCCAGUUCGCCAGCGGUCAGCGCGGCCAGCGGGGUCGCCCAUCACGGCGGCGGUGCUGCCCCGCACCGGCGGCAUGCCGUCGCGGAGCAGUAUCGCGUCCAGCGCGGCAAAGCGAUCCUCCACCGGGUCGACAGGCGGUCGCCGACGACCAGCCAUUCAGCGUUGCUUGCUGUUGUCGGCCACCAGUGCGCCGAUAUCGACAUCCUCGGCAGCAUAGCGCGAACUGCACAGUUCGAUCCCGGCAUGGACCGCCGCGACCCGCCGCCGCGACCCGGUCGCGAUCAUAGGGCGCGUUGCUCGGCGGCAGGUCGCGGCCGAUCUCCACCACCAGUUCCGCCUCGGCGAAGCGCGGCCGGGUGCCGGACGGAACGACCGCGUUGCCACAUGCAGGAUAUCUGCGGCGUGGAGCCGCCCGACGAUCGGUUCGCGCGUGCCCAUCGCUUGCUGCGCGGCGGGGCUGGUCAGCCCAACCUUAUAGGCUGCGACCGCGCCGCCGACGCCAGCCGACCUCUGCCCGGACCGCAUAGCCGUCCGUCAGUGUCAGGGCGGGUGGCAGGGGCAGGAUCCUCGUGCCGCGCAUGGGCGUCGGCGAUCGCGUCGGCAAGGUCGCGGAUGAGAGCACAGGGGCAUGGAAAGGGAAUGCCCUGA